AUGGUUAAGCACAUUCUGAACAAGUUUAUCUCCAUCAUCUAUCACAGUCGCCAAAGACUGAGACAAAAGAGGGUACGGUAUGUCUGGGACCGGUACAUUGGCACCCGACCCAGGUUCUUCAUCAGAGUAAGUACAUAAUUUAGUUUCUGGUUAGACUUGUCUCGUUUUUUUCAAUUUUUAGAUAAAAAUGUCUACAAAAUAUAUUUUAAGUACAUGAUUUUACUUUCAAUAUCCCUUUAGGUAGCUUACAACAUUUGCAAACGAGACUCUGCAUUUCGAAUCAAAUUGACAGGCUCUGAGGAUACUGUAAGUGAACUGGCGAUAUGUCAUGCCGCCGAAGAAAUGUACGGAUUCUUCGACAUUUUAAUGAGUGUAAGUGCAAACCAAUUGAAAACUAUUUUCGUAGCAAUUAAGCCAUCUCUCUACAAUCAAAAGGAUGGCCCACGCCCUGGGAGAGAAACAGGCCAUCGAAUGCAAAGUGGACUUUGAUGUAAGUUUUUGUCGAAAAAGCACUAUAUAGCAUUAUAGCAAACUCUAUUUUUAAAAAUUUCAAUUAAUUUUUUUAAAUCAAUCGAAUGAAAAUAACAUAAUUUAAAUUUUAUCCUUCCGACUACAUAUGUCACUUCCAGAUAACCUUCUGGAGCACUUUUGUCCUAGGAUUCAUGGAAGAAUUGGAGAGAAGUGAGACCUUCGACAAAGUCCACUUGAACGCCUUCAGAGACUUUUUAACAAUAAUCAGCGACGAGAUGAUUACAGGUUAUUUUGGCAAAAAGUCGGCUCAACAAUCUUCAUCACAAUAA